AUGCGUGCUACGGUCGCUCUCCGCAACGCUGCCCGCACCCCCCUCAUCCGCUUCCUCGGACGCCGCUCCGUGCCUCAGUCCGUUGACCACUCGCCCCGUCCUCACCCCGCCUCUCCGUCGGGUGCCCUCCCCGACUCCUUCGCCGCCUACCGCUCCAAGGCCCAGCAGCACGGUCCCCUCGGCCGGGCUUCCUUCAUCCAGGGCAACAUCGGUCGGAGCGCGGGUGCCGCGCUGGGCCCCGUCCAGCCCAAGCAGGGCGAGUUCUUCGACCGGUCUGAGCUGGGCCCCCGCUUCGGUCGUCUGCCCUGGUCUGAGGCCGAGAUCGAGGCCAUUGAGACGGGUGGUGCCAGCCUCUACGCUUAG